AUGAGUGAAUAUAAUAAUUUCAAAUAUUCAAACAAUAUUGAUUCGCCAGAUUUCAAUAAAUUAUAUGAUCAACACUUUUUCGAUUCUCAAUUUUCAGGAUAUCUUUAUAAUCAGGAUUCUAAUGAAUCUAAUUAUAACUCCAAACAUUUAAAUGAACCAGGCAUGGAAGAUAACAAAUUUUACCAACCGGAUUCACAGAACCAUGGACUCAAUCUACAUCAGAAUCAAAUGAAUCCAGCAAAUACGUCAUUAUUCAAAGAUUUCGAUGGUUCCAUAAAGAGGAAACUAUCCGGGGAAGAUGAUAAAAAAGAGAUUAAUCCUAGGCCAUUUCAACCUGUACGGCAAAUUAGUAACCCUAAUAUUAUUAAAAGAAAAGGCAGGCCUGCAAUGAAUAAAUCAUUAUCUUACAAUUUACCAAAUAAGAAUGAACAUCCCUCAUAUUCUUAUACUCAUCAAAUGGGUUCAACACCACCUAAUCCGUCAUCAUUAAAUCAAUUCAAACAUCAGCGAUCAACUUCACAAAAUUAUCCUACUCAAUCAUUUCAACAUCAACAACCUCAUUCGUUACAACAUGCGUAUCAACCACAUCAACAACUGCAUCUUAAUUCCCAAUUAAGUCCUCCAACAAAUCAUUUACAAAUUCACAAAUCACCAAAUCCACAAUUGGAAAAUCAAUCGCAACAUUUCGACAAACCCAAGGCCAAGCCUUUCUUUCCCUUGAAUAAAAGGAAACCUAAUUUCCAUAUCAAUUUGGAUAAUUUAUCAAAUUCUCCUGCAUUAAAUUCAAAUUCAAGUAAUUUAAGUAUUGUAGAUAAUGAUUUGAAUUUUGAUGAUAGAUUUGAAAAUGUGACUCCGAACAUGAAACCUCCAGGAACAAAAGAAGAUGAUUAUUUUGAAGAUAAUUUAAUUCCUUCAAAUUUUGAAGAAUCCAAUGAUUUAACGGGAUUCAAUUUCAAUCUCUACGAAGAUAAGGGAACUUCUAGCUUUGGAUUUGAUAAUUAUAAGAAUUUCGAUUAUCAGAACUUUGAUUUAUUAAAUGAAAAAUCUGAUUAUAAAGCCAAUCAAAAUGAUUAUCAAGAUAAGCAAGAAUUAAAUUAUUUUGAAAGAAAUGAUUUUGGACCUCAAUUCGAUAAGAAUUUUGAAAUAUUCUUAGACAGAAGUGAAAAUGAAAAAAAUGAAUACGAACAUUAUGGAAAAGCUGAAUUAAGUAAUGAAGAAUUUGAAAAUAGAGAUAAGAAAUCCCCUUCAACACCAUUAUCAAAUGAUAUUUCUAAUGAUAGUCCAACUAAUAGUAAACUUAGUCCAUAUUCCAAUAAUCAAUUAAAUCCUGAAUAUUUAAGUACCGAAUUAUAUAGAACAACAUCCAAUCAACUGAAUUCAUCAAUUAAAUCAGGUGAUAAGAAGAAAAAGGUAACACCAAAAGGAGCUACCUGUCCAAUUUGUGGGAAAUAUAUUUCAAGAGAUUUAAGUAGACAUUUAAGAAUCCAUGAUGAAAAUGGUAGAUUUAGAUGUGUAUUCCCUAAAAUAUGUUCUCAUAAAACAGGGAAAUUUAAUCGUCCUUAUGAUUAUAAGAAACAUUUAUUACAUUUCCAUUUUAAAUUUGAUGAUCCAAAGGGUAAAGCUGCCACCAAUUUAACCGAUAAAUUACCAUUAAUGGGUAAUUGUAAAGCAUGUAAUUUUAGAUCUGAUGCUAAAACUUGGAUUGAUGAUCAUGUUUUAACUACCAAUUCCUUAGUAAGAUGUCGAUUUGUAGAUGGUUCACCUGAUUCUACUCAAUAA